GUUGUAAAGAACCGGCCGGCGAGUUUCUGCUAUUUCAUUAUGCGCCUGUUAGUUAGCCAGCAAAAUGGUUCUCGCUGAAGAUUCAACGAAUAUUUCUAACUCGGCAGCUGCUGAAAGUCUACUUCAAAUUCCAACUAAAGUAAAUGUUCCGAGUGUCAAUAAAUGCGAAGAUCCACCAUCAUACGAUGAUUCGGAGAGGCAUCAAGAUGGUGAAACUCAGCCGAUGAUGAUCAUCAUCAAUCCAGAUUUUCAUCCGAAAGCCCAAGAGGCCGCAAAUUCUUAUGAUGAUGUGGUACCACUUCCAAGUAACAUGAUAACAAAGGAGCAGGUUGAUCCCCAACAUAUGCAGUUGAUGAACAUGAAGAAUGCUGCUAAAGACAAUGAAGAUUUAGAAGAUCACUGGAGUCUGGUCGAUAUCCAAGAUACAACAGUACCAUGGAAUGAUCUAAACGGGACGAAAAAACUGAAACGUGUGAUGCUCUGGUUUCUGAAGCCUGUUUUUGUAUUGAUGUUCCUGUACUUCUUCAUCUGUUCCCUUGAUCUGAUGAGCUCCGCAUUCCGUCUGCUGGGGGGAAAGACAGCAGGAGAAGCGCUAUCUCAGAAUGAGUUGCUAAGCAACCCCGUCUGUGGCCUUAUGAUUGGGAUAAUGGUGACCGUGCUGGUUCAGAGCUCUAGUACAUCUACCUCCAUUAUCGUUUCCAUGGUUGCAGCAGAAUUAUUGCAAGUGCAACCGGCUAUCUUCAUCAUUAUGGGUGCUAAUAUUGGAACAUCCGUGACCAACACGAUUGUCUCCCUCGCUCAGUCUGGUGACAGGAACGAGUUCCGUAGGGCUUUUGGCGGUGCUACUGUACAUGAUAUGUUCAACUGGUUAGCUGUCAUCGUACUUCUUCCAAUAGAGGCUGUUACUGGAUACCUCUACCAUUUAACCAAUUGGAUCGUAGAGCAGUUCAAUAUUCAGAGUAAUGAGGCUGCAAAUGUCGAGCUCCUUAAGGUCAUCACCAAGCCGUUCACCAAGAUGAUAAUUCAGAUCGACAGUAAAGUUCUGAACAAGAUUUCCACCGGUGAGCUACAGGCUAAAGAAACUAGCCUACUGAAGAAAUGGUGCGAGAAGAUGAUGAUGCCAGUUGAGUUGAAUACAACUACUGUGAACACAACAGAUCUGAACACUACAUCCAGUGGCAAUGAAAUGCUCUUUGAGGAAGUUGGCACAAAAUCAUGUCCCUACCUCUUUGCUAAUUCAAAUCUUUCGGAGACUGCAAUUGGUGGAAUUCUUCUUGUCGUUUCGUUGUUACUUCUUUGUGCAUGCCUGAUCGGCCUCGUCAGGAUCCUGAAUUCUAUGCUUCGUGGGCGUGUCGCUAAAAUCGUCAGGAAGACACUGAAUUCGAAUUUACCAGGCAAGUUUUCAUGCCUCACUGGCUACCUAGCGAUAAUUGUUGGCGCUGUGAUGACAUUUAUUGUGCAGAGCAGUUCAGUCUUCACCUCCGCUAUGACACCGCUUGUUGGGAUGGGGGUGAUCAAACUUGAGCGCAUGUACCCUUUAACCCUAGGCUCAAACAUCGGGACGACCGCUACUGGAAUGCUGGCUGCAUUAGCAUGUUCGGGGGGGAAGUUUGAGAGCUCUUUACAGAUAGCCUUGUGCCAUUUAUUAUUCAAUAUUUCAGGUAUUCUAAUCUGGUAUCCUAUUCCAUUUUUGCGUAAGCUACCUAUUAAACUAGCUAAAGGCUUGGGAAACACAACAGCAAAAUAUCGCUGGUUUGCAGUACUUUACUUAAUUGUUAUGUUUUUCUUGCUGCCUGGGUUUGUCUUUGCACUGUCCAUGGCAGGAGUUGUAGUCUUUCUUUCUGUUGGGAUAACGCUGAUCACUAUACUUUUAUUAAUUAUAGUUAUUAAUGUUAUGCAAAAGAAGUGUUGUAGGUUUUUACCAGAGUGUUUAAAGACAUGGGAACAUUUCCCACUUUGGACACACUCGUUAGAGCCUGUAGAUAAACUGAUCACAAAAUUAAUGAUGUGUUGUAUCUGCAGGCGUUGUAUAAAAUCGAACAAACAAUCUAUAAAUUUCCAAAAUAUUGAUUUUGUGGCUGUUGACAUGGAUAUCAGUAACUCUUCAAAUACAUCAUCAUCAUUUACAUCGACUAUAUCCACUUCUCAGUCUAUUUUAACUAUAAGUAGUGUAUAACAUUAUUUUAUAAUGUUGUACUGGUGCCAUAGUUUACUAACUGCCAUAUUUAGAAUUGGUACUUGAUAAUGCUUUUCCGUAUGUUUAAGUUGAUACAUUAAAGUAUACAGUACUUAUUUAAAGUUAUUUUAUAAAAUUAUUUGAAUUAUUUUUUUUCGACUGCCAUAGCUUUCUGCUGCCUUAUUUAGAAUUAGAAUUUAAUCAAAUGCUUUACAGUACUUUAAAGUUAAUAAUUCUCGACCCACCCCCGUUAAUGAUAAAUGUCAUUCAUUUUCCAAUGUAUAUUUACAUUGAUGACAAUUAGCAACUUAUGUCUAAUGAUGCAUUCUAUCAAAAUAUAAUCAUUUUAUCCCACGAAUAUCAGAUGAUAAAGUGAGGCCAUAUUACUCAAUGGUAUAAGUUUUUUUAAAGUUAUUUUUACUAUUGAUAACUGCUGUUUUUAGAAUUUAUGUAUUUGGUAAAUGCUUAAGUAUGUUUUUCUAUAUAACAAAUUUAUCAGUACAAUACCUUUUUGUAAGGGUUGGGGGUAUUUUUACAACCCAGUGCUGUGUACCAAGGUUACUAAAAAAGCAAGCAAUAACCUAUUUAAAAAAAAAAAAAAAAGGUAGUUCUAAGGUAGUCUUUGUAUGGACAAUAUGUAAAUACUGUAUAUAAAAUAAUUUAUCUUAUUUAAACUUUUGCUGAUGAUAAUAUACAGUGUGACUGUACUAUGUACAGUAUACUACCUUGUAUGUGGUUUUGAAUACAGAAGUAAAUGCUGUAUUGUGUUGUACAUUUUUAUAGAUCAGCCUGGAUCUUGGCAAUACAUGUACUGUGUACAUCUGACCUGAAAGUUAAAAAAAGAAAAA